UAUAUUAUCGUUUAGAGCUAAAUUUUAAUCCCACAUUUUGAAAAAAACGAUUGAUUAUUAUUGUUUUUUUAUUCACAAGGGUUUAUACUUAUAUGCAAAAUUCCUACUUACUACUGUGCAAACGUUUACGUUAUACUGUCAUAAAGUUUUGUUGCCUAUGCGUAUGGUAUAAUAUGGUACGAUAAAUAUCUAACAUAAUACCCCAUAUUUUCUAAUCAUAUUUUAAACAAUUAACAACGCUCUUAUUGGGUCGUGAGAAAUACAUAUAGUUCUCUAAAAAUCUUUUCUUACUACCAAAUGGGGCGAAUAAAGAAAAUGAAAAGAUGGUUCAUCUGCUCAAACCUAAUUUUACAUCGAACUUUCCGCUGCUUAAUAUAUGUUUGUAUUGAUGCGUGGGCGGUUUACGGAAAGUUUCUAGUAGAUGGCGACCGAAAACGAACCAGAAGGUUGUUAAUUAACAUCAAAUACCUUUCUUAAACCGAAAAGCUUAUUAAAUUCAAAGAAGGGAAACUGUAGGCAAAUCCGUACGUUCGCAACUGAAGUCCUUCCCCUUGCUUUUACCGGUUGUUAAAAUUUAAUAUAUUUGGCUAGUAAUCCAUAUUCAAUGUGGCCGAGUUGCUUGUGUACCGAAGUACAGUUUAGGGACUGCUGAGUAUUGUGUAGUUUCAGAGUAUUUUACCUCAGAAAAAGGUACCUUAUAGUUUAGAUAAUGGGUCUUCCCAGAUUUUUUUUCAUUUUUUUCCAGAUUUUUUUCUAUAUAAGCUCACAAAAUGAAGUUUGCAUUAUACCAACUUAUUUGUGUUCAUUCGAAACGGGUGUUUAUCAAGAUAAAACAUGAAGAUAAUCUCACUUAUUGCUAUUCUCGUGUGCGCCAUUUUGAUUUGCCCUGAAAAGGCAGAAGCGGUUCAUAGCCAUGGUAUCUCAGAAUGGCUUCGGCAAAGUGAACAGGAUAAUGUGACUGGCAGGUUUAUAAGCGAAAACUGCAGUCUUCUACGUAAGAGGCGAAAAGUGUCAAUAACUUGGGAAGUAGCGACCCUACAAUGCGUAAACUCUGAUCGAGCUAUGUACUCUACCGUUAUAUGCGGAUAUUGCUUGUUUCGUGGGUUUCCAUCUGGGCAUAGGACCCCCGCUAAGCCACGAACACGAACAGAGAGAUUUUAUUCGACCCGUUUUAACUCGAACGGUUUUCAGAUGUUCAGGUCCUAUUCUAUGAACGUUCCAACCGAAUGCUUCUGUCCUUAAUCUUGGCUGUACGGGACCUCCUUUUAACAAGACACAUUUUCAUUCUAUUUUCUCAUCUCAUUUGGUAGUAGACAAAGAACAUUCAAAGAAUUAUAAAAUCGUAUGGUCACCACUCCCAUAGAUUGUUGUUAAUUGU